AUGUCCAUCCAGGUGCCUAUUGGGGAUGUGUCGGGUCAGAUAUGUUGCUUGCUAAGAAGCUGGUCAUGUUCCUGCGUUCAACCUCGAAGAUAUCGUAACCCGAAGAAAGGGAAAUACAGAUACUUCCAGCUCCGACGCGUGAAAAUCGCGAUUCGCCCUCACUCGGCCGGGAUCGUUGGCAAACGCUCUUUACGGCGGGGACCCACAUCCCCAGAUAGUGUAGCAUCAUCCUUACGAACCACCUUUUCCGAUGUGGCGCACGAAGAUUCGAUCUUUCAUCGCCAUGCCGCUUAUAAUAAUCUUCAGACCGCCAUGUCAAGUCGGAGUCUGAGGCCAUACCAAGCACGAACCGCGACAGCGAGGUCGACAAGGACGGCCGCAACAGGUAUCAGCCAAGAUGUGGAUUACACCUUAGCCGGUCCACCCUCACAGGCGGGCCACGCUGACCCUCACGGCACGCACUAUGAUGAAGGAUAUUUCGAUGCAAAUCCUUGGAUGGAAACUCAGCAACCACAAAACGAGAACUUCUCACUGGCAGGCACCUUUCCCCACAAAAUCAGAUGGGGGUCGAAGAAGCCGAAACACGGAUCCUAUCAGCACAACGUAUCGUCAGACGAAAAGGGCGAAGCAGAAGCAGCGCCACAGAUCAAGGAACACCCGUCUGAUGAUGAUGACGAAGGUGAUGAAGGCGAGAACAUUGAACCAUCUACCACCAGGCAAUCUCUUCGACCAUCGAUACAGCAGCGAACCGUGUCGCACUAUAAUUCGAAGGGUCAGAGGCGUGGUACCUUGGCAAACGAAGCCAUUGUGGAAGGACUAGAUCCGAAGGACAGACCUUUUAACCACUGGGCACUGGUACGACUACGACUUCAGCGACCACUCGCGGAAUGGUUAGGUUCAACCGUAUUCAUAUUCAUUGGUGUGUCUGCCAACUUGUCAGUCAUCACCUCCAACUACCAAACAGGAACCAUGCAGUCCAUGUACUGGUGCUGGGGCUUCGCCGUCAUGCUAUCCAUAUACAUCGCCGGUGGCGGCUCCGGCGCUUUCCUCAAUCCUGCACUGACUCUGAUGCUGUCGGUGUUUCGAGGGUUCCCGGCUCGCAGGGUCCCUGUUUACAUCGCAGUGCAGCUGCUCGGCGCAUUUACAGGGGCUCUACUUGCAUUCGCCAUCUACAAGGACGAUAUCAUCCAUUUAGACGGUGGCCUUAUACCGGAGUCGACGGGCAUGGCUUUCUACACUCAGCCGAAAGAUUGGGUGAGCAACUCUACGGCCUUCUUCACGGAAAUGCUAGGCACUGCCGUGAUUGGCUGCAGCAUCAUGGCCCUCGGAGACUCACACAAUAGCCCCCCAGGUGCUGGUAUGCACGCCUUUAUCAUCGGUCUACUCACGACUGCUGUGACGAUGUCACUCGGCUACAGCACUGGGGGCUGUUUCAAUCCCAUUCGAGACCUUGGCCCACGACUCGCUACGAUAGCUGUAGGCUACCCUGCCUCAGCGUUCACAGCCAAGCAAAACUGGUGGAUAUGGGGACCAUGGUGUGCUACCAUUACAGGAGCGCUGCUUGGAGGACUGGUAUAUGACCUGUGCAUAUUCAAGGGCGGCGAGAGUCCUGUAAACUACUCGUACGGGCGCUGGCGAAUUGAGACUCUGAAAAACGAGGCUGGCAUUGCGCAUGCCUUGGGUCUGCACGAAAGAAAAGACGAAAUCGAAAGACGAUUAGAAUCGGGAGAGAUACACGAUGAACCCAAGCUAUAA